AACAACCUCUGAUCCAGCAACAACAACCUCUGAUCCAGCAACAACAACCUCUGAUCCAGCAACAACAACCUCUGAUCUAGCAACAACAACCUCUGAUCCAGCAACAUCGACUUCUGAUCCAGCAACAACAGUACCUGAUUGUGAUUCUGGGUCUGACAGCAGCAGUAGCAGUAGCAGAAGUAAAGAGAUUCGUGAAAAUAAGAAAUGUGGGGAAAUAAAGAAUGACUGCUUUAAACGGAAGGGGAAUUGUGAGGAAGGAACGGGAUGCCAGUGUGAUGAACCAAAAAGCAACAAAAUCAAGUGCUACUGUAGAGCAACAAUACCGUAGGGAAAAUUUGCAGUAGAACUGUACACUUAACACUUUGCACUUAUCUGCUACAUUAUCCCAAAAAUUAUAGGAAAAAGAG